CUUAAGUUAGUUAGGAUUUAGGCCCCUUUUGGGCUUUUUUAGGUGAUUAGCUACUGUUAGCAGUUAGCAUCUCUAACUCUACAUGGCAAGGUCUUAAAAUGUGCAUAAUAGAGACUCACUCUAGAGUCAAACGGUUGUUUUCUGUCACAACUGUUUUGAUAGAUUCAAGCUUCAAGUAUCAAAGUGAGUAGUGUUGAUUGGCUGUUACUUUAGAGAAAACUUUAGUGUAGUGCAGCCGGCUGAUGAUGCAUCUGAAUCUGUGAAAUUUGUCUGCAAAGCUGGAGAGUCUACAGGAUUGGUCCUGAUUUCUGCAGUGCGAUAUGGUUUAAGUCUCCAGCUGUGGAUUAUCAUUUAACUUCAUGUUGUUCAUAAAGCAUAAAUGCUUUUUUCAAAUGGGCGCAGAGUAGUUUUACAGUUUGUGCCCUCUGAGAUGAACUUUAGGUGUGAAUGUGGGUAAGAAGGAAAUUUCCACAUGAAAAACCCACGUUACGCCCAGAGUCUUCUUCCUUAUUUCAUCCUUAUUUAUAGAUUUUACAUCAUCCAACUCAAUGACACAUAAAACAUCCGCCUGCAGAUUCAAAAGAAGUUUGUUCUUUGAUUUUUAUCAGAAAAUUCGUUCAAACCAUCUUUUAAAAUCCAUUUUAGUCUUUGUGUCGACUUAACCCUCUUAUCAUUUCAUCUUUCGGCUAUUGUUGAAGUUAUGGUUGGGUGUUCUGGUUUAGUUCUGUCUUAUGUUAUCUUAUACAUGUGAAUCCAUGUUUGAAGAGUCUGUGGAGGAUUUUGAAGGAAGUUUCCAGCAGAAACAUGUUACCACAUGAUGUCCUGUCUGUGGUGUUUACAGUAAACUGAAACCUUUCUGGACUUCUGGAAGUUUUAAAUGUCAUGUGAAGGUGAAAUAAUUAAAGGAAUAAUCAGAGAAAUGAAACAAAAAGCGAAACAAAUGAAGACCAAAAGACAAGAUAGAGUCCAAGCUAGAUAAUUAUACUAUCUGUUUUUAUGACUGACUUGUGGUCACCCAGGCUAGAAAACGAUGCAGUAAUAUCUACCUAUAACUGUCUGUGUGUCUUUAAAGGGAUAUUCUGAUGUAAAAUUUGGAGUCAAACACUGUAACACCGAGUUAGACACCCCCUCGACAGUUGAAUGUUCUCGACUGCUUGCUUCUCUGGUAAUACCAACUUUAGUAAUGACCGCAGGAUAGCAAUAGAGACCGGCAGUCUAAGGAGCCAUACACAAACAUCAACCAAAAUCCCACUCUAUAGCCACAAAUAAUGCUCAGAACAGCACCUGACUUCAUCAACAGUACAUAUAGGGUACUAGCCAUUGCACUAGCUACCAAACAUCUUUUUAACUUUGCCUAAUUUCUUUAGUAGAGAGACUAAACACAACACACCUCUCUUCCAGCCGCCGCUUGUUUGUAGGGAGACCUUGGACAAAUCAAUCACCGACUACAGCAGGGGGAUGCAGCUCAAGGAAGAACAUUUAUGAUCAUUACUUUAUCAUUUCCUAAAAGUAAUAAUCAUCAAAUUUAUCAUUUUGCACUGCAGACGCAGUAGUUCUUCGGCCUUAGCGUCUCGGUCUGAUUACAUUUCCAUGAAGUAAUGAUCAGUAAUAUAAUAAGUUAAAGUAUCCCUUUAACUUUGAACCAUCAUGUCCCAUUACAGUCACUAACACACAGGCUUUUCUGGGAGUCCCUGAGCUCCAUUAUCCUGUAGUUUCCUCUGGAUUACUGCUGCAGAUGUCCUGUUGCUGAGGACCUGACUGCUUCAACUACAUGUAUCAGUAUCUCCUCUGUCCAUCUCUCUCCCUUCAUCUCUCUCUCUCUUAACUCAACUCAGUCUCAACAGAUGACUGUCUAACAUGAGUCUGGUUCUGCUCAAGGUUUCUGCCUGUUAAGGGAAAUUCUUCCUCUCCACUGUAACUUGAUCAAUGCUAUAAAGUGCAAUAAAAAUAACGAUUGGUUGAUUUGAUGUUGUCUGGCCUUGAAAUAUGGUAAAACAUAGACUUGGAGAUUAUUUUUCUCAAACACAGACACACUGUCAUUGAACAGGGUGAUAUAACAUUAAAACAACAGUCAAGUCUCUCACUCAGUGUGUAAUGCUGGAGGAAAAAGUCUGCUGUCUGGAUGAGGCCGGAGCUUCAUCGGCAUCCUGCCAACAGUUUUCUGCAGGAAAAACGGCUCUGGGAAUGCACCCAAGAAAAAAAAGUCUCUUUUCAUAUGCUUUAUAUGAUGUAAAAUAUCAAAGAUGUUGAAAUGUUUAUUCUGGUGAACAAGAUUUAAUGGUCAUAUAAACAUACAAAAAUGAACAACUUUCCAUCAGACUCACAAAUUUAUGACAAAUUUUAUUUUUGACUUUUCUUUUAGAGCUUCCAAAUCUCCUGAAGAGUAUCAGGAUCAGCCAAAAAAAAAAAGAAAAAAGAGAGAGCAAAGUUUUUUUUUUUUAAAUAGUAGAAAUAUAACACAGCCUUUGAAGAGUGCAGUCUGUAUGCACAGGAGAAAAGAUUUAACUAACUUUAUGAAUAUUAAUCUGCACUUAAGGAGCCACUCAGAGAAAACAGGAGCUUGUUGUGUGUUUGAAAGAAUAAUGUUGAAAUGUCCCAGCUCUAAUUUACAGUAUAGGUUUCUAUCUUAUUUAGCUCGAGCCUCUUUCUCCUGACUCUGACCUUAUUCAAUCUGUCUCCUCUCGGUUUUGUCUGCCCCAAAUUCCUUUGAUCAAUUAAGUUCACAUUUUGCAUAACAACUUUAAAUAACGUGCAGUUAAUUUAAUCAUUAUCUAAGUGUAAUAUAGAGCAUUUAAUCAUUGCAGGGCAUAUUUCUGGUCGUGUUCCCACAUUUCUGAGGGUAAUUAUUUCACCAAACCCUGAUGAUGACUCAGCUCAACAGCCAGCUCGCUCCGGCUCUGAUCGGCGGAUCGACCGGAGAAAUAUGCAACUUUCUCGGUUUUUCCCACUUGAGCAACAAGGUGCGUUGGAUCCGCUUCAGGGAGUGGCCUGCUGUGUCUGGGCGUUUCUAAAAAGAAAAAAAACACAACCUGAGCAGGAAGAUAUAAAGACGAGCCGCUGCGCUGGCAGCAGCAGAUCAGACUUUCUGACAAACUUCGAGAGAGUCAAAGAGAAACAGGGACCAGAGACAGAAAAGCGACACUAAACUUACAAAAAUGUACUCACGGACCAACAGUGUGACCAUGACGCUGAAGAGGGAGAGCUUCGCCCUCUCAAGGACGGCGACCCGGAGCACAGAGCCCGAGGUCUUCACCUUCGAGCGGAUAACCCCUCAAGCCACCGCCGUGCGCUCCUACGUGCCAAUCCGACCCAAGAAGCGCUGUACCAGGGUCAUGUACCCAGCUAAAGUCCGCAUGCAUCUUCCACCACCGGAGAAGAACCAGGCCAAGCGCUGGCUAGUCAUCCUGUGUCUGGUGGUGCUGUGGCAGAUCUACACCGAGGAGCCAUGCGCAGACAUGCCGCUAAGCAGCGCAGACAGCUCGGUCAGCGACUACCAGAGCUUCUCCUACCAGUGCGCAGAGGAGCAGAGGCGGAUUUCAGACCUCAGCGUGAGCUCCGAGCUCCUGUCAGCCUCACACAGCGGCUGUCAGGAUGAAGCUUCAUUCAGCCCGAUCUCUACCUGUCCCCAGCCCGUAGAGGAGACCGAGAGCAGCCUGUCCUACGAGCAGAGCGCCGGAAAGAGCUACGUGGUGGCCCUGCUGGUGUACCACAGACUGGGCAGUGACAACUGAGCGUCCCGGGACUGAAUGAACUGUAAACGGCCCGAGUAUGGGCUUCUCUAAGCGAACAGAGUUGGAGCUGAUCCGGAGUAGCUGCUAGAGACGACAGUGUGGCCGGAGAGGGAGCUCCAUGCGCCGGCUUCUCCCUGCCAGCGUUCCCCCUGAGUGCGGAGGGGCACACGCGGUGUGGAAGAGACACGAGAAAGAAAGACACGAAGAAGACAAGAAAGACAGACAAGACAAGAACUGUGAACACUGACAAAAACUGAAACUUGAACUCAUGAAACUUGAACUAUUCUGUGAUUUACAGACUCAAACUGCACUAACAGGCCUGCAGACAAUCGAGAUGAUUUACACCUGAAAUUCUGGAAACCGUCUCUGCUGCAGGCCAACUAGCUCAAACCGACACUGCCUGAUGUUUUAAUGUCUUAUUUAGUUAUUUAUUCUGUUAUUUGCUAUUUAUUGAUUAAUAAUUUUAAUUAAAAAAUGUCAAAAGAA